UUCUCCUUCUUAGGUACUCCUGUUCCUUCUUCUCCUUCUUCUUCAUUCGUUUUCGUGCGUGAGUGUGGCCGCGGAGAAAAGCUUUGGAUGAUUGCUUCGCGUCUCGCAAAUCUUGGCUCGCAGCAUCUCCCUUCUUUGUACUGAAGCGUGCUGCGGGGAUUCUUUCUGCAAGAGUUAGCUACCGCGCUCGAAGGCAAGACGAACCUGGCAGAGCUCUCGCAUGUGUGGCAGAAUCAGGCGUUUCUACGGACACCAUUCUUCCGCUCGCAAUGUGAAUCUUUGCGCACUUCGCCAUUCACUGCUGCCACUGCUGCAGGGAGUUAGCUAGUUAGAAACUUAUAUCAGUCUGAAAGGGGGAGAAGAAAAGAAAGUUCACUCACCUGUGGCGUUCUUUGUCCGAAUUGAUGCGCCUCGAGUUCCUUGGUACUGUCCAAGAAGAUCAGCAAGUUCAAGUCCUGGACUCCUCCAAUCUAAAGCUGGAGAAGCAGCAGCAUCAUCAUCAGCAGCAGCAGCCGCAGAAUUUCCGUCUUCCAUCGUUCUGCCUUCGAGCAAGGAUGGAACUCUCCUUCGACACAAGCGAAGGCGGACUGCUAGCAGUGGACUCGCACCGCUCGGUGCCAGCUCCCUUCCUCACCAAAACUUUCCAUCUCGUUGACGAUUCCAGCACGGACGACGUCGUCUCCUGGAGCGAAGACGGUACCACGUUCAUCGUCUGGCGACCCCCGGAAUUCGCCAAGGAUAUCUUGCCGAAUUACUUCAAGCACAAUAACUUCUCCAGUUUCGUCCGGCAGCUCAACACCUACGGAUUUCGAAAGAUCGUCUCGGACAGAUGGGAGUUCGCAAACGAGUACUUCCGCAAGGGACAACAGGACCUCCUCUGCGAAAUUCAUCGAAGGAAGACCGGGCAGCCGAACACGAUGCAACCAAUCCGACAAACCAGCACUGCAGAAGAUAUCCUCUGGUCUCACGUCACCACCACCUCUCCAGUCCCAUCCCCACGGGCUCCACACUUCACAGCAGCAGUGUCCAUCUGCGACGAGAACGAGCGACUGCGCCGGGACAACUGCAUUCUCAUGUCGGAGCUCUCCCGCCUCCGAAGGCUCAACGACGAAGUCCUCCUGUUCGUGCAGAACCAAGCUCGGAUGCCCCUCCAGCAGGAUCUCAGCUGCAUCAAGUGGCUCAAGUACAACACCCUCCCACCACUGCUGCCACCGCCACCGGCUUCUCCAAGAUUCGAGGAAAUUGUCGAGGAUCGCAGGCCUGCCACCAGAGUCGCUCACAGCAGCCGCCUGUCUUCCAUCGUUUCAAUGGCUGCCACCAGGUCGACUUCCGCUUCUACGCCUUACGUGAAAGACACUCCACCGAAGGUCCCAACACUGUGCUUGCUGGAGAGCAAGGCCAAGGAGCUCUCGUCCUCUACGACCGAUGCUUCUUCCAAAGUCACUUCAUCGAGCUCGUCCGAUGAUUCGCCCAAGCUGUUUGGAGUUCCUCUCAACGGGAAGAAGAGGCCACACUCCCCGAGCAGCGACUCGUCGUCUCAGGCACGGCUAAAGAGCCCGCGGCCGGAUAUUUCACUCCAGCUCGGCACGGAUCCCUGUUGGUUAAAAGUUUGCAAAUCUGUCAGUGAGAAAAUAUUCAUCUGACUUCCCAGGUGAUAAUUACCCAAUACCCGUUGAUGCAAAAAAGUACGCGUCGAUUUAGCUGAUUGUAACGAAAGUCGUUAGAAGGAAAGAACAAAAAAGAGCAAAGAAAAAUCUGCCACAGGCAGCAAAUCAAUCGCC